UGAACAGAAAAGUGAAACUUGAAACAAUACGAGAAUUAAAUUUCCUGGCACUGUCAAAGAAUAAGAGCAUCCAGCAGACUAGCAUUUUAGCAUAGAGAAUCACUUACUAGCUAAUUUAUCCAUCUCUGAUUCCCCAACUUCAAUCAAUUAAUGGCUAACAAAGCAAGAGAACUAAUCUUCCUUGUCAGUCUAUUCACUUACCUUUUUUUAGUCAGCUCAUCGGCUCUAGAGGCAGACACAUUAGCGCAAGUUCGACAGCUAAAGGAUUCAGACUCAGAGCAUCUGGUCUCUGCGGGGGGGACUUUCAGGUUAGGAUUCUUUAGUCCCGGGACGUCCAGUAAUCGGUACCUAGGAAUAUGGUACAACCAGCCAGCAGAUGGAAGGGAAACUCAAAUUACAGAUAGAAAGGCUGUCUGGGUUGCCAAUCGAAACGCCCCAUUAUAUGAUAAAUCUGGGAUCCUAAUGAUAGAUGAAGUUGGCAAUUUGAAAAUUUCGCGUGGUGGAAGCAGUCCCUUUCUAUUAUCUUCUGCUCAAACAGAUGGUAAUUUGAGUGCUACGCUACUGGAUUCUGGUAAUUUUAUACUCAAGGAGCUGAGUUCAGAUGGUUCUACCAAGCAGAUUUUGUGGCAAAGCUUUGAUUAUCCGACAGACACACUUCUUCCAGGCAUGAAACUCGGAAUUAACUUCAAAACUGGGCACAACUGGUCACUAACUUCCUGGAUCACCAAUGAAGUUCCGGCCACUGGCUCUUUUACCUUGGGCGGAGACCCUAGUGGUGCAAGCCAAUUGAUCAUCUCGUGGCAAGGAAAGAGCUUUUGGAUCAGCGGGCUUUGGAGGAACCGUAGCAAGCAUUUCGAUCUAGCCCCAAAAUUGUCCCAUGAAUCUGACCACGAGUUUAGCUACACUAAAAAUGAGAAUGAGAGCUACUUCUCCUUUUCCGUGAAUAGAAACCACACAGUGUCCAGAUAUAUGAUUGCAUCUUCAGGUGAAAUCCUGCAGAGGUCAAUGGAAGCCCCUUUUGGGGGAUGUGGCUCAAGCAACUUCGAAUCUUUCUUGUUUUCACCAUCAUACAACCAUCCAGGUUGCAUGGGGAAGCACACAAAGCCAAAGUGCAGGGAAAAUUCUACCAUGGUACAGUCUAAGCGCGGCAAAACUUUCCCUAUAGGCAAAAUCAAGUUUGAUGAAUAUUACAAUCUUAGUCUUUAUGAUUGUGGUGCCAAGUGCUUCAACGAUUGUUCUUGUAUUGCAUUUGCUUCUGAUAACCAAAAGGCCAGUUGUGAGAUCUGGAGCGAAGGAUUGAGUUCCAAAAGCUACUCCCUUUCUCAUAAAGAAACGCGGCAGCUUUACUUAAUGGACAACUCUACCGAUAGUGAAGGGUGGCAGGUUCCAGGAUUCAUGUUAUUCAUGGUUCCACUGAUGAUUCUUUGCUUUGCCUUUAUCUCAAUCUUGGUUUUUCUCAUAGUGAAAGAAAUUAUGAGACCAAAAGGAGAUGAAGCAGGAGUAGAGAUGUUAUUAAAUGAGCUAGGGGCUAGUGGCAGAAAUAAAGAAGAAGGAAAGAAAAAACGUGAGUCGCAGUUUUUCAGCCUUGCAACAAUAGCACAAGCCACUAACAACUUUGAAGUUACAAAUAAACUUGGACAAGGUGGGUUUGGAUCCGUUUACAAGGGGAAAUUACCCAAUGGUCAAGAAAUAGCAGUAAAAAGGCUUUCAAGCAAUUCUGGGCAAGGACUGGUUGAGUUCAGAAAUGAAGCUGUUUUGAUUGCAAAACUGCAACACAGAAAUCUUGUUAGUCUUGAAGGUUGCUGCCUUGAGAAAGAAGAAAAGAUGCUAAUCUACGAGUACAUGCCGAAUAAAAGCUUGGAUUUCUUACUCUUUGAUCCUCAUCCGAAGAAUGUCUUGGAUUGGAAAACACGUUAUAACAUCAUCCAAGGUGUUGGUCAAGGCCUUCUUUACCUUCAUGAAUAUUCAAGAUUGAGAGUAAUACACAGAGAUCUCAAGGCUAGUAACAUAUUACUUGAUGAUGAAAUGAAUCCUAAAAUAUCAGAUUUUGGCAUGGCUAGAAUUUUCGGGCAUCACGACUCUCAAGCAAACACAAAUAGGAUAGUUGGAACAUAUGGUUAUAUGUCUCCAGAGUAUGCUAUGGAUGGCAUUUACUCAACAAAGUCAGAUAUUUUCAGUUUCGGAGUUCUGUUGCUGGAGAUUCUAAGUGGCAGGAAGAAUACUAGUUUCCAUCGUCUUAGUGGACCACUCAGCCUUAUAGGAUAUGCGUGGGAGCUGUGGAGGGAGGACAGAUCUUUGGAGCUAAUUGAUCCAUCAUUAGGUGACUCAUAUCCGAAUGAUGAAGUGAUGAGGUGCAUACAUGUGGGUCUCCUAUGUGUACAAGACAACCCAGUUGAUAGACCACCUAUUCUAGAUGCCUUAUCCAUGAUAUGCAGCGAAGGUAAUCAACUAGCUGUACCCAAACGACCAGCAUAUCACUAUGGCUGGAACAGGGAGGAGGGAGGUAUAGUAGAAUGUGACUCGGAGAAUUUUUCACCGAAUAAAGUAUCAGUUACAGAGAUGGAAAUGAAUGAACUUACCCUGUAUGGCCAACAAAAAAGGAAAAGAGAGGACAAUCAGCUGACCCCAUGUGGUUCCAUUGCUAAUGAUAUUUCAGCUGUUGGCCUUGCACUAAUGUGGCUAUUUUGUUUUGAGAAGAUGAUGAUUCAAAUGAUUCAACUUGUUUUCACACCUAAAGAGCUUUUAAACGAAAUUGCUAAUGGCAAAAAUGAGCUUGAUGUUGAAGUAGAAUUAGAACAGGGACACGAAGAAAAAGAAGAAGAAGAAGAAGAAGAAAUCAAAGAGGGUUUUGUCAUUGUAGCUGUUGUUAGAAACGCCAUCACUAAACGUGAUGAUCUGUUUAGAAGGAAAAAGGUUGGAAUUAAACAGAUUUUGGUGGACGAUAAACAUUGUUUGUCAUCGUUUCCUCCGUGCCAAAGGAAAAUCAGUACCCAAGCUAGUGACACCUUCCUGUCCCCCAACUUCAAUCAAUUAAUGGCUAACAAAGGAAGAGAACUAAUCUUCCUUAUCAGUCUAUUCACUUACCUUUUUUUAGUCAGCUCAUCGGCUCUAGAGACAGACACAUUAGCGCAAGGUCGACAGCUGAAGGAUUCAGACUCAGAGUAUCUGGUCUCUGCUGGGGGGACUUUCAGGUUAGGAUUCUUUAGUCCCGGGACGUCCAGUAAUCGGUACCUAGGAAUAUGGUACAACCAGCAAGCAGAUGGAAGGGAAACUCAAAUUACAGAUAGAAAGGCUGUCUGGGUUGCCAAUCGAAACGCCCCAUUAUAUGAUAAAUCUGGGAUCCUAAUGAUAGAUGAAGUUGGCAAUUUGAAAAUUUCGCAUGGUGGAGGCAGUCCCUUUCUAUUAUCUUCUGCUCAAACAGAUGGUAAUUUAAGUGCUACGCUACUCGAUUCUGGUAAUUUUAUACUCAAGGAGCUGAGUUCAGAUGGUUCUACCAAGCAGAUUUUGUGGCAAAGCUUUGAUUAUCCGACAGACACACUUCUUCCAGGCAUGAAACUCGGAAUUAACUUCAAAACUGGGCACAACUGGUCACUAACUUCCUGGAUCAGCAAUGAAGUUCCUGCCACUGGCUCUUUUACCUUGGGCGGAGACCCUAGUGGUGCAAGCCAAUUGAUCAUCUCGUGGCAAGGAAAGAGCUUUUGGAUCAGCGGGCUUUGGCGGAACCGUAGCAAGCAUUUCGACCUAGCCCCAAAAUUGUCCUAUGAAUCUGACCACGAGUUUAGCUACACUAAAAAUGAGAAUGAGAGCUACUUCUCCUUUUCCGUGAAUAGAAACCACACAAUGUCAAGAUAUAUGAUUGCAUCUUCAGGUGAAGUCCUGGAGAGGUCAAUGGAAGCCCCUUUUGGGGGAUGUGGCUUUAGCUACUCAGAAUCUCUCAUGUUUUCACCAUCAUACAACCGUCCCGGUUGCAUGGGGCAGCAAACAAUGCCAGGGUGCAGGAAAGAUUUUUCCAUGAGACGGUUUAAGCGCAGCAAAACGUUCCCUAAAGACAAAUUCAAGUAUGAUGAAUACUACAAUCUUAGUCUUUAUGAUUGUGGUGCCAAGUGCUUCAGGGAUUGUUCUUGUAUUGCAUUUGCUUCUGAUAACCAAACGGCCAGUUGUGAGAUCUGGAGCAAAGGAUUGAGCUCCAAAAGCUACUCCCUUUCUCAUAAAGAAACGCGGCAGCUUUACUUAAUGGACAAUCCCACUAGAGAUGAAGCAGAAGUAGAGAUGUUAUUAAAUGAGCUAGGGGCUAGCGGCAGAAAUAAGGAGGAAGGAAAAAAAAAACGUGAGUUACAGUUUUUCAGCCUUGCAACAAUAGCACAUGCCACGAACAACUUUGCAGCUACAAAUAAACUUGGACAAGGUGGGUUUGGAUCCGUUUACAAGGGGAAAUUACCCGAUGGUCAAGAAAUAGCAGUAAAGAGGCUUUCAAGCAAUUCUGGGCAAGGACUGGUUGAGUUCAGAAAUGAAGCUGUUUUAAUAGCUAAACUGCAACACAGAAAUCUUGUUAGUCUUGAAGGUUGCUGCCUUGAGAAAGAAGAAAAGAUGCUAAUCUACGAGUACAUGCCGAAUAAAAGCUUGGAUUUCUUCCUCUUUGAUCCUCAACAGAAGAAUGUUUUGGAUUGGAAAACACGUUAUAACAUCAUCCAAGGUGUUGGUCAAGGCCUUCUUUACCUUCACGAAUAUUCAAGAUUGAGAGUAAUACACAGAGAUCUCAAGGCUAGUAACAUAUUACUUGAUGAUGAAAUGAAUCCUAAAAUAUCAGAUUUUGGCAUGGCUAGAAUUUUUGGGCAUCACGAGUCUGAAGCAAACACAAAUAGGAUAGUUGGAACAUAUGGUUAUAUGUCUCCGGAGUAUGCUAUGGAUGGCAUUUACUCAACAAAAUCAGAUAUUUUCAGUUUCGGAGUUCUGUUGCUGGAGAUUCUAAGUGGCAGGAAGAAUACUAGUUUCCAUCGUCUUAGUGGACCACUCAGCCUUAUAGGAUAUGCAUGGGAGCUAUGGAGGGAGGACAGAUCUUUGGAGCUGAUUGAUCCAUCAUUAGGUGACUCAUAUCCGAAUGAUGAAGCGAUGAGAUGCAUACAUGUGGGUCUCCUAUGUGUACAAGACAAUCCAGUUGACAGACCAGCUGUUAUAGAUGCCUUAUCCAUGAUAUACAGUGAAGGUAAUCAACUAGCCAUACCCAAAGGACUAGCAUAUCACUAUGGCUGGAACAGGGAGGAGGCAGGUAGAGUAGAAUGUGACUUGGAGAAUUUUUCACCGAAUGAAGUAUCAAUUACAGAGAUGGAAGCCCGAUGAGAAAGAGCAACUUUGUUAAACCAACGAGACUCAGUUGCAGCAUUCUCAGAAACUAAUUAAAAGAUUAUAAAUGUGUUUCUGUCUUUCAUAAUAUUGUUUGCUACAACGAGAUGAAUGAACUUACCCUGAAUGGGCAGCAAAAAAAGGGAAAAGAGAGGACAAUCAGCUGACCCCGUAAAUGAUAUUCCUUAGGGAACAAAUUGUCAGACAUAAUGGUGACUCAUAGGUGACCGAUGUGGUUCAACUGCUGAUGAUGUUUCAGCUGUUGGCCUUGCCCUAAUGUGGCUGUUUUGGUAAGGAAACACGAAAGGCUGAAGAUAAUUCUUGCUCUGCUUGCCAUUAAAGAACAGUGGAGCUUAGGCUCAUGUCUUUUUAAUGUAUACUACAAUUUGAUAGUUAUAUUAACAGUACUUUCCUGUUUGUCAACCUUUAUAGCUAGCAAAAAUGGUUAGGAUAUUUUGAAGUUUUGAAACGAUGAUGAUUCAAAUGAUACAACUUUUUUUCACACCUAAAGAGCUUUGAAAAGAAAUUGCUAAUAGCAAAAAUGGUUUUUUUAGGAUAGUUUGAAGUUUGGAGAUGAUGAUGAUCUAGCUCCAUUUUUUACUGCUUUUGGGAUGAAGUGGCUUAGAACAAAAUUUAACAAUCCAAUUAAAUAUACAAUUUUCCAAUUGUAGGGAGUCUAUAAUUUACAUAAUUUAUUUUGCUUAAUUUUAUCUGAUCAGAUGCUUGUUAAUUUGCCAUACCUGCUAACGACCUUGACCUACAUUUAAAUUUUUUUUUUAUAAAUUCAUGCUGAUGUAUUUUAAUGUCACUUUAUUAUAGUUAUUUAAUUCUGCAUGAAUUUAAUAGUUUGAAUUUCUCUAUUUUCUAAGUUGUGCAAUUUUAUCAACGUACAUUUAAUUUUAAAACAAAUUUAUUACUAAUAAUUUUAGAAUAAAUUCAA